AUGGAGAAUGGUGGAGGUGGAGACUUAACUGGAAGUGGUAGAGAUGGAGAAGGAGGUGGUGGAGAUGGCGAUGGAGGAGGUGGGGACUUAACUGGAGGUGGUGGAGAUGGCGAUGGAGGAGGAGGGGUCUUAACGAGAGGUGGUGGAGAUGGCGAUGGAGAAGGAGGGCCCUUAACGGGAGUUGGUGGAGAUGGCAAUGGAGGAUGCGGGGACUUAACUGGAGGUGGUAGAGAUGGAAAAGGAGGUGGUGGAGUUGGUGAUGAAGGAGGCGGGGACUUAACUAGAGGUGGUGGAGAUGGAGAAAGUGGUGGAGGUGUAGAUGGAAGAGGUGGAGAUUUAACUGGAGGUAGUGGAGAUGGAGAAGAUGGUGGAGGUGGGAAAGGUGGCGGAGGUGGAGUUCGCCUCCAGGGAAAUGGUAUUGGAAAAGGGAAUAAAGAUGGUAGGGGAGGAGAUUUAUUAUUGCAAGGCGGAGGCGGAGGCGGAGGUGGAGGUGGAGAUGGCGAAGGCAAUGGAGGAGGUGGUUGGGAUGGAGAAGGUGGUGGAGGUGGAGAUGGUGACGGAGGAGGUGGGGACUUUACUGGGGGUGGUGGAGGUGGAGAAGGUGGUGGAGGUGGAGAUGGCGAUGGAGGAGGGGGGAGUUUAUUAGAGGUGGUGGAGGAGUGCAAUUAG